UCUCUCCCUGCUGUGCGAAACGAACUCCCAAACCCUAACACGACCUGCUCGACUAUUUGUUUUCGGAUCUGAUCUAAGUACAUACAUGCAUACUAAGUUCAAUUUUGUUCAAAAAAUUAUGGGGUGUACCUGUGUACACCCAUAUCCUUUACUUGGUCUUUCCUGAAGCGAUCUAGCUGUUUAUGCCACUAACUUUCGGGGUUUGUUCGCUAAAAUUUCAUGUGUUCUUGGCAAGAAAAUACUAUCUUAAAGUUGAAGUUGGGGUUGGUCCGUUAGAAAUUGUUAUACUGACAAGAAAUUACCAGAUUGUUGCUGUGUUGUGUUUUGUCCCACGUGAUUCACCUUGUUAUUGACGCUGGAGCUUAGGGUAUUUGCUGCCUUCCUUUUGCAGAGUGUUUGGCUACUGAUUCAGCUGCUAUCUAUUGUCUAUCUAGUACUUGGCACUACAAGUUGGCCUAGAUUUCCCAUUGCUUAUAUGCAGUUCCUGAUUUUCUUUGAUCUCUCAAAGCAAAGUUACUUAUAGACCUCUGCCUAAUAUGUCUAGAGUUGUAUGACUUCACGUGCAUUUUAAUAAGUUAUUUAGUAUACUAACCGAACCAUUUUGCAGUUGCCACCCUUAUACCUGGUAAAAGAGGGCAGUUUUUGUGUGUGCAACAGAACACUUGCAGAAAGAUGUGAUUCAAGUGUAGAAACUGUGUGAGAAGGCUAACUUUUUUUUUUCAAAGGCAACGUCUUUUCGGUGGAUCUGUAGAGGACUCAAUUCUCUGAAGGAGUGCACUGGUCAAGAUGCCUGCACUGAGAAUGAAGAGGAUGUUUGAUGUUGAUGAUUUUGCUAAUGAGUUCAACACCAGGAACGUGAAAUCCGUUAAAGUUUCACACUUUUAUGUCAGUGGAUUGGAGCAGUCAGCUGUGUUGAAUUCGUCAGAUAAUCCUCAUGAUGAGUCAGAUCCAACCAUUCAACUUGCUGACCAGGAUAUUAGGGCAACGGAACCUUCUGGCUUGCAUGAUCCGAUCGGAGGACAAUCCAUGCUCAAGGAUUUAACAUCCGAUGAAGUGAUAGAUUCACCAAAUUCAGAGGUUGAUUCCUCUGCUAAUUAUGAUGACAACAAAUCUGUGUUAUAUGCAGUGAAUUAUGUUGGCAAAGAGUUUGCAGAUGAUGAUGUAGAUUCUUCAGCCCAGAAUUUGUGUGUUGUUAGUGAUCAUGAGACAAGCUGGGGUUCGAAUCAGUGUUGCAGACUGCUGGAUAUUUAUAGUCCAGAUGAUGAUUUCCCGUACUUGUUGGAUAAUCCACCUGAUCUUCUGCCUAGUUAUAUUGGAUUGUGUGAUGAAUUUGUAUCAAUUGAUGCAUUGAUGAACAUGAGUAGCAGAUGUGGAGCAUUCCCACUUAUUGAGAGUGCCACGGAAGCCAGUGUUGAUUAUAAGCCAUGUUCAUCUGAGGUGGAUUUGUGCUUUAAUUCUGAGGUAUUAGAGUGGCUCAACCCUCAUCUGUUGGAGGAGGAUUUACCAGAUCUUGUUGAUUUUGCUGAGUUAAAUUCAAAUGCUGCUCCUGCAAAAAAAGAGCAAUGGACCAGGAAGGUCACUCUUGUGCUUGAUUUGGAUGAAACCCUUGUUCAUUCAACUAUGGAGCAUUGUGAUGACGCUGAUUUCACAUUUCCUGUGUUCUAUGAUAUGAAAGAGCAUGUGGUAUAUGUGAAAAAGAGGCCACAUGUCCACAUGUUCCUCCAAAGGAUGGUUGAAAUGUUUGAGGUAGUGAUAUUUACAGCCAGUCAAAGUGUUUACGCAGACCAGUUGCUUGACAUGCUGGAUCCAGAGAAAAAACUUUUCUCCAAGCGUUUCUUCCGGGAAUCAUGUUUGUUCACAGACAAUGGCUACACAAAAGAUCUGACUGUUGUUGGAGUCGACCUUGCCAAGGUUGUCAUAAUUGACAACACUCCACAGGUUUUCCAGCUGCAAGUGAACAAUGGUAUACCAAUAGAGAGUUGGUAUAGUAACCCCUUGGACGAGGCUUUACCUCAAUUGAUCCCAUUCUUAGAGACCCUUGCUGUAGCUGAUGAUGUCCGGCCUAUCAUUGCCAAGAAGUUUGGCAACAUAAUAGAUAGUUGCUAAGGUUUUUGAAUAAGUUAUAGGGUUAGUCUUGUUUGCUCACAUAGUGAACCUAGAUGACAUGUUAACUGGUCGAGGUCGUACAUUUUUCUCUUUAAAAGCAGGUUGGCUCAUAGGAUUAAGAGUUUUGGUGCUUGGGCUAUUCCUUAGAACUGUACAUAUCCCCAAUUUUGUUUUGCGACUUUGUACAUAGAAUGCUGUCGAAAUUGAAAGACUGAGAGAAACAUGUAUGCAAAGUUUCUUUGCAUUUUGCUCCAUGUGGUUUGAUGUUCGCAACAGUAUGAUGUUUGUAA